UUCAACAGCAUAUGGGUAACGAGUUGCUGAAAUGUGUAAUGUAACCGUUAUGAGUGUUUUAGUCUGUUAGUAAUAUCUACGGAAUUGCGUUAACUUGUGGUUAUUACAAUUUUUCCCCACUGUUUGAAGGAUUGUGUGUAUCUACUCCCCAAUAUUUUUUAUUUAUUUACCUGUACAAAAACAUAAUUAUGGCUUCUCAAAAUAUCGAUCCAUUAUCAGCAACAGUUGCUCCAGAAACGUCGCGUAAGAGUUCCGAAGAUAAUCAUAAACCAGAAACGGGACAGCACAGUGUUAGCAAAAGGCUCCAACAAGAACUUAUGAAGUUAAUGAUGUCUGGUGAUAAAGGAAUAUCAGCUUUCCCUGAUGGAGACAACUUGUUCAGGUGGAUUGGAACUAUUGUUGGAGCAGAUGGAACUGUAUAUGAAGGGUUAAUAUAUAAACUUGUUCUGGAGUUCCCCAGCAGUUACCCAUACACUGCUCCCAUUAUUAGGUUUGACACUCCUUGUUUUCAUCCCAAUGUUGAUACACAGGGCAACAUUUGUCUUGAUAUUUUAAAGGAGAAGUGGACAGCACUGUAUGAUGUUAGGACAGUACUGCUGUCUCUUCAGUCACUUCUUGGAGAACCAAAUAUUGAUAGUCCUUUGAAUACACAUGCAGCAGAACUUUGGGAAAACCCAACUCAAUACAAGAAAGUGCUUUUGGAAAAAUAUGAUAAAGAAGUGAGAAAAAAAGGUCAAUUUUGAUUUUAUUUUAACAUUUAUGUAAUAAUCCUGGAAUUUUGCUAAUAAAAAGAAAUUCUUCAUGUUACUGUAGUUGAUUUAGUUCUGAGGUAUUUGUAUUGUUCCACAUCUUUCCAGUUUAAUAUGUAGUACUUUAAUUGUAUAAUAUAUUUAAUUAUUCUUAUGCUCUGUAUAAGGUCAUAUUUCUCAUGAGAUUGAAAUACAAAAAUAAAAUUUCACAACUUCAUUUAUUUAACACAUACCUCCUUGUAUUAUCACCUCAAUAACUGUAUCCAGUAUGUAUUAUGGUCAGUCUCUCAGUAAUGUAUUGGUUGAAUGUUAAAGGGGAUAUUUUGAUCCUUAUGUUUAUAAAGUAUUUCUAGUGCCUUUUUUUUUUUCAAACAUCAUCACCAGUAUAUAAGCAAUAUGUUUUAUUUCCCGUAUGAAUUAAUUACAUCGCUACUUUAAAAAUAUUUUUAUGUGGACUUAUGAUCGCUUAGAAGUGUUUGCAUUGGACAUGCUUGAUGUGAUUUAAAUUUCUUUCUUUCAGUACAGAUUUAAUAUUUUUUUAUGUGUAGAAUAUUUUUAAUAAGUAUUGAUUGUAUUUUUUUCAGAUGAAUAUUUAUAAAAAUUAAUUUUCUAAUGUUGUCUCUCAUUUCUAUUAACAUUUGACCAAUUUUUGUUAAAAUUGAUUCUUUGCAAUUUUAGAAAGUUAUGGAUUUCAUAUGUAGGCAUUAGAACACAUUCUAUACACAUCUGACAAAAAAAAUAUAAGCCUUUGUGUAAAACAUCUUUCUGUAAUUAUCACUUUAUUUCUUCCAUUAUUCUUAAGUUCUACGGAAAGCUUAACAUAUUAUUCAUUUGUUUAUCUUCAGAAUGAUUACAACUUUUGGUAUUGUUUCUGUAAUAAAAUUUUAACAAUAAGUAAGAAGUUUUAAUAGCAUGUUUAGUUAAGUUUUGAAUAUUAAAAACAAGCAGUGUAACUUACCUCCAUUGUGUAAAUAUUAUUUCAUUUGAACUUUAAUAAGUAUUAAAGUGGUAAAUUGUGCCAUAUAAUUUUUGGCAAAAGCAUUAAAGUCAUCAUUUGCAACCUGUUUGAUUAACAAUGUGUAUUUGUGUAUGUUAUUAUUACUCUUAUGAAUUGAUCAUUUGUACUGUUUUCUGUAUACUUUUUUUUACUUAAUAAAAUUCAUUGCUGAUUAAUGGAAAA